AUGUCGUUAGCAAGCUUGAACCUGAAUCCGGCAAUUGCAAAACCAACCAGUAAUGGGCAGGUGCAAUGUAUAGUGUGCAAUAUGCAGGUGAAACCAAAGAUUUGGACCGCGCAUGUGAAUGGGAAGAAACACAAAGAAUCGUGCGUGAAGCUUAAGCAACAGCUGGCUUCCAAUGCAAAACGGCCAGUUGAUACAUUGUCUGCGCAGAAUGGUGCACCACCAGCGAAGAAGAUUAAAGACUCACCAGCACCGGCAUCAACUGGUCCUCUUCCAUCAGAUUUUUUCGAUGAGGAACCUGGACUGAGCAUACAAACGCCUUGGCAAAAAGCAAAAGACGACGAGGCUGCUCUCCUUCGUGAGCGAAAAGGAAUCAUCGAAGGAGUGCCACAAGGUUUCUUUGACGACAAGCGAAAAGAUGGAAUGGUUAGAGAAACAAUCGUCAACGAAGCUCACAUGAACGAGGAAUACGAACGGUUGAUGCGUGAGUUGACCGAGAAAAAUGUAGAAGAUGAAGCCAAGGCAGAAGAAGAAGAGGAACGAGAUGCUUUGCUACGUGACCUCGCAAAUGCCGACGAACAGAUGGAGAAGUGGAUGCGGUUAAACGCUAUGGAAAAGUUAAAGGAGGCAAGACUUCAAGAGGCACGAGAAAAAGCCGCGAUCGAAGAAGACGACGACGAGGGCAGUGACGGCGAUGAUGCAGACUUCACCAACUGGCGAGCAAAGCGCGUGCUUUGA